AUGGAGCCUGUGCCGCGCGCUAUAGGACUCGCUGUGCCUCAGGCCACAGUAACUCCUGCCUUCGGGUCAUGUGUGGGCCCGGACGGCUCAAGGAAAAGACCCCAUGGUAAGCUCUUCCAGAGGAGCUGCUUGAGCUUUACCGGGCUCGUAGCAGCAGCAGCGGCCCGACACGGACACAGCAAGGCACGAUUCCGAGCUGUAAGCGAGGUGGAGCUUCCCUUAGACUCACUCACCGAAGUGGAGGGCAGCUAUGCCAAAGAUCUGCCACCCGAGAGGCUGCAGGAGGCCAAGCGAGUUUUUCCGGAGGUGAACCUACAGGCAGAGGGACUUCGCCUGAUGAGCGAAGAUCCACCGGUCCUCCUGUUGGAGGGUAUCUUAUCCGAUGAAGAAUGCACGGACUUUGUGGAUUCCAUGCGUGACAAGGAUGGCAACUUCCCAGAAAGGCUUGGCCAGGCGAACAUUGAUGUCCCAGGCUGGCUCACGCCGCUGAGGACAGCAUUUCGAGGUGUUCCCGUCCUGGACUGGCUCGGCAACCCCACAGUGCGUUGGACGUACAAGAGCCGAUGCCUGCUGGAUGUUUAUCUGCAGAAGGUGCGUGACCGUUGUGGCCUCGAUGUGAGCUAUGGCCAGGCCAACAUCAAGCACUAUCGCAAGGAGCAGUGGCUGCCUGUGCACAUCGACUACAAUCGCGCAACGUUGAUGACGUACCUGAACGAUGUAGCCGACGGUGGCCAUACCCUAUUCCCGACCCUGGGGAUAAAAGUAAAGCCCUCAAAAGGGAGUGCCCUAAUCUGGCCAAACCAACCUCCCCUCAAACAUGCAGGGGACCGUGUCAUGCAGGGUGAGAAGUGGAUCAUUUUCUACAACUGGCCGGCCGCGGAUAAUUGGGAAUACGAUGACAAUUUUGAGUUCAAUGCGGACUGA